CCACCUCUAACCCUGCCAUUUCUCGAUUUCGUGAACUUUCGUGUUUUAUGGCAUUGUAUGUUGACAAAUGGAGUGACGGGUAUACGGUGUGUUACAAACAUUUCUAAACUACAAAAAAUUCAUCGGAAAACAGUAAAAUGGGCUGUGAAUAAUUCGUUUACGUUAAAUGUGUAGUAUAAGCUUUUGUGUUUCGUCCAAAUUAUUUAAAUAUGUGUAAUGUACCGCCAAAGUUUUAUCAGUUGUGUCGUUUGUGUUUAUCUCAUGAUAAGGAUAAUGCUUUAUUUAUCUUCGAUAAGGCGGCCCUGGAAAAAAAUAUCUUGAAGAAGAUCAUGACGUGUCUGUCAAUUCUGAUCUCGGAAAAGGACGAACUUCCGCAUGUAAUAUGCCUGAGCUGUUCCGAGCAAAUCGAAUACCUCUACAAAUUCAACGAACUGGCCAAAAAAACCGAAGACAUUUUACAUCAGUUUCUAGUUUAUACUAAAGAAUUGAAAGGAUCCGAAGAGGAGAACAUGCGCCAAUCCGAAAAGCUGUUAGAAAAUCUCACAUCUUCCAUUCGAUCGUUGCCGGACGAUUUCAAAAUCGAACCGUCGGAGGAGCCCCGAGACAAUGCCAGAGCUUCGAAAUUGGAACUUCCAGUAUUACUGAAACCAGAACCGGCGUUUCAAGAAACAAUCCCGACACCAUUCGGCCUAAACAAAUUCGAUUCGAACGUCCCCGAGGAACCUUCGGCGGUCCAGGACCUCUCCAUGGAUCUAUCCAAAGACACUCCCGACGAACGCGAAUCUUCAUUAACUAUAUCGAAGGUGGUGCCUUGUACUAUACCGCGCUACAGCUACGACAGCAACCUAUCGGAGCCGACGCGUCAGGACUACGUCCGCUACAUGAACCCGGAGAUCGAGCUUCGCGACGAAUCGAACCCGACGGAACCGACGGAUUUGUCUAAUAAAAAAACCGAAAACGUCACGUGCAUCCCCGAAAUAAACUACAUCAGAGAAGACGCUGAUACGGUAUCGGUGUCGAGCGUCAGCUCCGAUCCCGAUCGCCUGGAAGUCGACAUGUCUCAAGUGAACGAAGACCACAGCGAUUCGACGACGCACAGCGCCGCCUCCGAAUCCGGCCCGACGGCGGCGGCGGCGGCCACCGCGCCGGAGACGAGCGCCUCGCUGUGGCGGGCGCUGUCGCGCAACGGCUACGAGCCCGCGCUCAGCGGCGAGGCCGGCCAGCUGCUCAGGAAGCUGAUCACCUGCCGGAAGCUGGGCAUGACGAUCACGCCGACGACGGCGCAGGCGCGCGAACCCGAACGAGCCGGCGCCGAGCGGGCGCAUUCGAAGGAGGGCAGACGGAAGCAGAGCUAUCCGUCGAAGGCGGCCGUGGCCGGCGACGCGCCGUGUCCCAUGGAGCAGGACAACGACGAGGACGAGUACAUGCCGGAUUUCACGGGGAACAAUCCUUGGUGUAAUUUGGUGAAGUCCAGGAGCGGUGCGGCGGCUAAGAGAGUGGAUUUGUCGUGUACGAAUUGCGGUACUCAAACGACGACGAUAUGGAGGAGGAAUCUCAGAGGGGAGAUGGUGUGUAACGCUUGCGGGCUGUACUUUAAACUGCACGGUAUCGACAGGCCCGUUACGAUGAGAAGGGAUACGAUUCAUACGAGGCGCCGAAGACCGAAGGCUUUGGAAAAGGACAAUCUCAAAAAUACAGAUUUCAUGGGUCCCUUUCUGAACGCUCCGGUCGGCAAUUACAAGGGUAAACCGCAUAAGGAUACGGUGGCGAACUCGAAGGAGAAAACAUCAAAUAACAACAAUAAUAAUACAGAAACUUCGGAUACGGACGACAUGUUGAGCGCCCUGAGGCGCCAGUUACAACCCCAUCUGAUCAUGGCGCUUCAGGGACAUCGAAAUUCUGGUUCAAGAUUAUCCACACGUACACACUUACAGGGUCCACCUCAGUCAACAAAGGAUUUUAUUGGUAGAUCGGCGCAGGACGCGGAUUCCGACGAAGACAGUAUAGCAGACCUGCCGUUAAAUCUCGUUUCAACGCAAAUGACUGAGGGAGAAUUGAUUUAAAAGGGGAAAAAUUCUAAUUUAGUUGUUUGUUUUUUUUUUAAUUAAUUUUGUAACAAUAUCCAGUGAUGCGAAACUCUACUUAAUAGCGUUAGAUUUGUACGAUAACUAUACAGUUAUUUUUUACCAAAAUAUGCUCUCUCGCUUUGAAUUUAUUUAUUAACACACGUACUUACGCGGUAACAAUACUCAUUUUGUGUUUCUUUUUGUACUCGUCACGAUUUUAUUUUUGUUUUUUUUUUCUACGAAGUCCCAUUGUGAUAUUUUCGUAAGCUUUUACAGUUUUUACAGAUGUUAAGUAGAGAACGGUAACCAAACUUUUGCUUAUGCCAGUAGUACCAUUACAUUAGUUUAUUUCGCGAAUUGUGAAGUAUUUUAUUCGAGAUACUUCUUAGUUUUUAACGAUAAUCUAAUAUUGAUUGAGCAAUUUUUUUCUACUAAUAUUUCGUUAGAGUAAAAUUAGAGGAGGAGUUUUGUAACAACCGUCCACAAGAAAGAAUACUCUAAUUUGCUGAUGUUAUUGGCGAACAAAUACUCAUUAAAUCGGUUGUAUAGAGGCAAGUCCAUUAUUAAGUAUUAAUACUUGGUAAAUUUACAACGAAUAAAUUAAAUUGUGACCUUUGUUUAGGUUCGAAUACAGCCAGCUAAGUCUCAUUUGUUCGUACUCUUAUUUCCACAUAACGUACUUAUUUAUUACAUAAUUAGAAUCUAAACAAAUGUGAUUAAAAUAGGAAAUAUUUUAGUAGUGGAUUUGCUUCGAAAUUUAUAACAAAGCAAUACGCAAGUUUUUUUUUGUUCGGAUUUAUGUAUUUAAAAUAGAAAUUAAUCGGUUACUACGGCUCACAAAGUGUAUUUAGUUUAUUAGUAAGUAUUAUUCGCUGGUGAAGUAUUAAAAGGAUUUAUUUAUUUUGUGAGUAGUGCGUAACCGGAGUAUUAACCACGAGUGAUAUUUCAUUUUUUUUACUAUAAAUUUAUUAUACAUAUAUUUUAGGGUUUUAAGUUUUUAUGAAAUAAUUCGGAAUUCAGUAUUUUACAUUUUUAUUUAUAAACUAUUGUAGUAAAAGAGCCUAAACCGGCAGCUAUGAGUUCUCGAUGUGAAAAAUGGGGUAAAUUGUAUACUAACAUUCGAAGCGUAGCAAAACUGAAAAUCGAUUCUAAUUAUUGAACAAUAUAUUGAUAAGGUAAUGAAAUUAUUUUGUAUACUUCAACGAAAUCGUUAUGCUUUAAACUAUAAUUUUAUGUUAGUAUUUUAAAGCGUAACAAAUAUUAAAAAUGGCCAUUUUUGAAAAAUACUGUUAGGGAAAAGGAGUUUGAAGUGAAAGUAUUAAUUUUUACAAGUUUAGGGGGUAAUGUUGAUCGGUUUCUCUCAUUAAAUUUUCGCCUUGUUGACAAUUGAAAAAGCUAGUAAUUGUUAAGUUUUUGUAGUUUUUCAUACGAAUGGUUGUGAUAAAAAUUUGUUAAAUCUACCCUUCUUAAACGAUGUUAAUAGAUUACGUUUUGUUGCACGAUCUUUAACAAUUGCCCACGUACUAUACAUUUUUGUGAUUGAGUAUUUCACCCGAAUUGUUGGACUCGUACCUUUACCUCCUACGGCGAAGUUGUAAGGCAUUUUUUUCAUUGUAGUGUAUCAUUUAAUAUAAUUUUCGCAUUAAAUAGAAUAAGUAUUAACCGCUGCAAUCGAAAAAAUGUUUACGGGGUGCGCACAAUACCAUUGGUUUAUUUGAUUUUUUUAAUUGGCUAUACAUAUAAUACGUUUAUAAAAGUGUAUUUUUUUACAAAUAAAACAUGGCUGCUAA